AUGACUCCAACCAGCGGUAUGCCUGGGGGCUCUAGCCUCUGGCAAGAGGCCCGAAAUGCAGAUGGUCGUGUGUAUUAUUACAAUGUCCAGACAAAAGCAACACAGUGGGCAAAGCCGGUUGAGCUGAUGACUCCUGUUGAACGCGCUCUAUCAAAUCAGCCAUGGAAGGAAUAUACUGCAGAAGGUGGAAGGAAAUAUUGGUACAACACUCAAACCAAGCAAAGCACUUGGGAAAUGCCAGAAGUUUACAGAAACGCGACCGCGCAGGCCAGAUCUCCUCCAACACAGCAACCAAUUGUCGGUGCACCUACGUUUGUCGCUGGUGGAACCACCUCGUUCCCUCCUUAUGGCCAGCAUCAACGCGACCGCGACCGGGACGAUGGCGAUCGCAGUGGACUUGAUCGCCGUGCAGGCUUCAUGGGAAUGGAAACAAAUAGCCUUGUGACUGCUCAGCAGACUGACCCGGAAUAUAGCUCUUUCGAAGAAGCUGAAAGCGUGUUUAUCAAGCUCCUACGACGAUCGAAUGUUCAACCUGACUGGACCUGGGAGCAGGCUAUGCGAGCCACCAUCAAAGAUCCUCAGUAUCGUGCCUUGAAAGACCCCAAAGAUCGCAGAGCCGCUUUUGAUAAAUAUGCGGCCGAGGUCCGUAUGCAAGAACGUGAUCGCGCAAAGGAAAGAUUCGCCAAAUUACGAACCGAUUUCUACACAAUGCUGAAGAGUCACCCAGAAAUCAAACAUUACAGUAGAUGGAAGAGUAUCCGACCAAUCAUUGAGGGUGAGACUAUCUUCAGAUCGACAAACGAUGAAAACGAGCGUCGCCAGCUUUUCGAAGAAUAUAUCCAGGACCUGAAAAAGGCGCAUGUGGAGCAAGAAGCCGUGACACGCAAAGCUGCCAUGGAUGAACUCGUGAAUAUCUUGAAAGCCCUGGAGCUAGAGCCAUAUGCCAGGUGGUCUGAAGUGCAAAAUGCCUUGCAAGCUAACGAAAGAAUUCAGAAUGACGAUAAGUUCAGAACCCUAAGCAAAUCGGACAUUCUGACCGCUUUCGAGAAUCAUAUUAAAUCCCUUGAAAGAACUUUUAAUGAUGCUCGCCAACAGCACAAGGCUGCAAAGGCUCGGAGGGAACGCCACAACCGAGAGAAAUAUCUAGAGCUACUCAAGGAACUGCGCUCGCAGGGCAAUAUCAAAGCCGGGGCCAAAUGGAUGCACAUUCAUCCCUUGAUUCAGGAUGAUCCUCGGUAUGUAGCAAUGCUAGGCCAAAGUGGCUCUACUCCUUUGGAUUUGUUUUGGGAUAUAGUUGAGGAGGAGGAGAGGGCACUACGAGGACCACGAAAUGAUGUCCUCGAUGUCCUUGAUGAUAAACGUUAUGAGGUCACACCCAAAACCACAUAUGAAGAAUUCGCGUCUGUCAUGGCUACUGACCGCCGUACAGCCAACAUUGACACUGACAUUCUGCAACUCAUCUUUCAGCGUGUGCAGGAAAAAGCUCAGCGCCGCUCUGAGGACGAGAAACAUGCAGCUGAUCGUCACCAACGGCGAGCAGUGGAUGCCUUGCGUUCUCGGAUUAAACAUCUAGAGCCACCCGUACGCCUCGGUGACACGUGGGAACAAGUUCGACCCAGGGUUGAAAAGUUCGAGGAGUACAAUGCCCUUGAAUCAGAUGAACUACGUGUUACCGCAUUCGAGAAAUUCAUGCGCCGUUUGAAAGAGAAAGAAGAAGAUGCAGAGAGAGACCGUGACCGAGAUCGAGACCGCGCCUCUCGACGUGGUGAUCAUCAUGAACGUUCUGAUAGAGACCCAAGGAAUGGUUCGUAUCGUUCUGAUCGCAGGGUGAGAUCUAGUCGCACACCCGAACUCGAUCCUUACGAAGCAGAUCGUCGCAAGGCGCAGGCAGAUCGUGAACGUUCUUACCGCAAAGUAAGCGGUCUGUCACCUGUACGCGAAAGACGAGAUGAUCGUGAUCGAAUCCGUGAUAAAGAGCGUGAGAGAGACCGUGAUCGCGACCGACGCGGACUCAGUCACUACGAUCGCGAGCGCCGCAGUCGAGAAGAAGAGCGCGAACGACUUUAUCGGACCCGUGGCGAUCCACGUGGAAGUCGCGAUGAGUUGGACUAUGGAGGAGAUACGCGAAGCACGGUAAGUAGUGACCGUCGUCGUAGACGUGACAGCGAUGCAGAAAGCGUCGCCAGCCGCAGUGCCAAACGGUACAGACGUGACGAGCGUGAGAAAGAGCGAUCUCGGGACCGCAGCCAUCGCGACAGAGAGUCAGCCCGUACCGCUAUCGAAGAAGAGCAUAAUACAGAGGAGAAAGCGGUUCAUUCUGGCAGCGAGGAAGGUGAAAUCGAGGAGGGUUAG